CUGAUUCCACCAUACCGCUUCGGACGCGUGCAGCCGGAGCUGUUCCGUGGCGGGUACCCAAAAAAGCGCAACUUCCGAUUCCUUCGGCGCCAGCAGCUCAAAACAAUACUCUCUCUCGUGCCGUCGCACCCGGAUCCGCAUCUCGACGAGUUCUGCCAAGCAGAAAACAUAACUCGGGUAGUAAUUCCCGUGGCCUCCCCCAAUGAAAACGUAACUGUGACUGACGACGUGGUAUCCGAGUGCCUGGCACUCAUGACUGAUCCUUCAAAGCUCCCCAUGUAUGUGCAUUGCUUGGAUGGCUCGAACGUCACAGGAGUGGUGAUUAUGUGCUUGCGCAAGCUACAGCUAUGGCGGGUAGCAUCGUACCAGAACGAAUAUUUGCGAUUUGAGCAGGAUGGCGAGAUCAUCUCGGAGGAAAGCGAGUUUGUCGAAGCAUUC